CAACUCCAACAACUCCAGCGCUAAGAAGCAACGGUCCAACAACUCCAACAACUCCAGCGCUAAGAAGCAACGGUCCGACAACUCCAACAACUCCAACAACUCCAGCACUAAGAAGCAACGGUCCGACAACUCCGACAACUCCAACAACUCCAGCUCUAAGAAGCAACACUCCAACCACAGUGACAACAACUACAGCGUCACAAAGCAACAGUCCAGCCACAACUACACCAAGUCCCAUCUUGUCACAUUUGAUCACCAGCCUGUCAACUUUAUUGCCUGAGUUAACGCAGUCAACUAUUCUAAGUCUGAAUCCUCAAGCCUCGCCUUCAGGACUGGCAAGGAGGAAGCGUGCUGUCCCCCAGAACAGCGACAGUUUGACGCAAAGCAGCAAUGACACGGCUUUGGUUUUUCAAGGAAUGGAAGUGUCCUGCUCUACAAAAACUGCUAUAAGUCAUACCAAGUGCACCAUCAUGCUUGGGCUGAGUCACAAAAUACCAUCAUGCUGCAUCCUCCAAACGCUCUGUGCAGCCAGCAAACGUUCCUCCGACAUCCAUGUGGUGGGAAACAGGAUAGACGAACAGAAUCGGCUUCAAAACGAGUGCGGCGGUAACUUAGAGGAGCCAAACAGCUGCAUAUAUUCUGGUCCGCUGGGCGCGUCAUGUGUGGAGUCUGGGCCUGCAUAUGUCAUUCCACCAAUAAACUUAAAAGACUGUGUGACAGAGAACAGUUGUAGCUGCUCUUCCUACUGCAACAGAUCUGAUGCGUUCUACACUUUUUCCAUUUCACUACAAGACCCAACAAUGAACUCUUCAUCUCUUUCAUCUCUGAUUUCAACUCUGGCACAACGACCAAACUGCUCCAUCAGUACAAAUGUUACAUGUCAAUCCUUGGCCAUGGUUGCGUCUGAAUACAGGAGUGCCAGUGUGGACUGUGAAAUGAGUGGAACAAAGCUGAGUUGCAGAGUGAUAUUAGGUUUUGCACGGGAAGUCUCAAUUUGUUCAGUGGCAGAAGCUGUUUUAAAUGUGUUUCUGCUUGAAGAAAAGAUCCAGUAUGACGGGCAAGUGAGACGAGCAGCAAUUUGUGGAAGCGCAGAAGUUAAUGCCAACUCACUCAACUUCCAGUUCAAUUAUACUGAUAGUGAAAUAAGCCCAGAUGACUUUUGUGCCGAAAUAGAGGAAUCUAACCUCCUCACAUGCCAAACUGGAGAAAAUGUUGUUGUACAUUUGAAAGAGCAAUGUGUUGCAUCUACCACAACUAGCCCAAAUGUGACAAUUAGUCCCAACGUGACUAGCCUAAAUACAACAGCUAGCCCAAAUGUUACUAGCUUAAAUACGACAGCUAGCCCAAAUGUUACUAGCUUAAAUACAACAGCUAGCCCAAAUGUUACUAGCCUAAAUACAACAGCUAGCCCAAAUGUGACACUUAGCCAAAAUGCCACAAUUCCUAUAAACUCGACAAUUGGCCCAAAUGUGACAAUCAUUACGAAUGUGACAACAGUGAAACCAACAGUACAACCAAACAACAACAACAACACAUUGACUCCAACAACAACCCCAAACACACAACAGAACACAACACGGGCCCCAUCAGUGCCCACAACUGCUGCUGGAGGGAAACCGUCAUCAAACACAACUAGAAGCACAACAAGUGGAUUUGUUUCUGUGACCACCUCAGUGAGUUCAACAGGAAAUGGAACAGCUGAAAGCCAAGCCAAAGACCUUCUUGCACUGGCUCAAGACGUGUCAAAACUGACCGCAGAGCAGAUAGAUCAGCUGGUGUCACAGCUGGAGAAGCUUCUGGCAGGCCCGACUGUCAGCAAGGAGCUGGGAGACGUCUCCGUCAACAUCGUUAGCAAUCUGUUGGACGCUUCACCCGACAAGCUGUCGAGCUCCUCUGACAGGAUUAUUGGGAUUGUUGACACGGUGGGAUUAAAGUUGGUGAUUGGAAACACCGCUGAGAAUCUGCUGUACCCUUCUUUGGCUGUCUCUGUGAAACCAGCAGAUGGCGCCAACUUUCAGGAGACAGUUUUUUCCAUCUUAGAUCCAACUAAUGUACAGGUUCGGGGGAAUCCAAGGUUGAAAAGGAGCGCAUUAAAGGACUCCUCCAUCCCUCAGGGCUCCAUUACUCUUCCUCCUUCACUCACUCAAAAUCUAACCGCUGAGGAACAAAAGCUGGUCUCCAGGCUCCAGUUCAAUUUCUACCAGAAGAGCUCAGUCUUUAAGGAUGACUCAUUAGGACAACGCAAACUUAACAGUGGGAUCUUGGGAGCAAGCGUGGCCAAUCUGUCAAUCAAAGGAUUACAGGAAAGUGUUGUAAUUCGCCUGAGAAACACGGAACCUGUUCCAGCUAAUUUUGUGGCAGUGUGUGUUUACUGGGACUUUACAUAUAACAAAGGUGCAGGUGGCUGGAACUCAGAUGGCUGCUUUGUCAAAGAAACCAACGACAAUGAGACAGUUUGUGGCUGCAACCAUUUAACCAGCUUUGCUAUUUUACUGGACAUUUCCAGAGAGACUGUUACCAGUCGUGCUCAGGCCACCAUCCUCACCUUCAUCACAUAUAUAGGUUGUGGACUUUCUGCCAUCUUCCUGUCCGUAACUCUCCUCACUUACUUGGCAUUUGGAAAGCUGCGUAAAGACAUCCCAUCCAAAAUUCUGAUCCAGCUUUGCCUGGCUCUUCUGCUGCUCAACCUGGUCUUCCUGGUGGAUGCCUGGCUGGCUCUUUAUCCCAAAGCCGUGGGCCUCUGCAUUUCCACGGCCUGGUUCCUUCACUACUUCCUGCUGGUUUCCUUCACCUGGAUGGGGCUUGAGGGCGUCCACAUGUACUACGCGCUCGUGAAAGUCUUCAAUGACAACAUAUCCCACUACAUGCUGAAGUUCUCGCUGGUGGGCUGGGGAGUCCCAAUGCUCGUGGUCAUCAUUGUGAUUGCGAUUGACAAAAACAACUACGGCCUCAUGUCCUAUGGAAAGUUUUCAGAUGGAACAAGUGACGACUUCUGCUGGAUAAGAAACGACAUCGCUUUCUACGUGGCAGUUGUGGCCUACUUCGGUGUGAUUUUCAUUUUCAACAUCAUCAUGUUUGGUGUGGUCUUAGUCCAGUUGCACCGGAUAAAAAAACAAAAUCCUCAUAACAACAAGCACCGCAGCACGGCGCAGGACGCACGCAGCUUGAUCGGGAUCACCCUCCUCCUAGGUCUCACGUGGGGAUUUGCCUUUUUUGCGUGGGGUCCUGUUAAUCUGGCAUUUAUGUACCUCUUUGCCAUCUUUAAUUCCCUGCAAGGAUUCUUCAUAUUUGUGUUCCACUGUGCGGCGAAAGAAACCGUCAGAAGGCAGUGGAGGACCUACCUGUGCUGCGGCAAUAUGAGACUCCCAGAAAACUCAGAAUGGAGUCGGACUGCAACACAGAAAACCGCAAAGAAGUCUCCUCUGACCUCCUUUACGUCCUCACAAAGCAGUCGGCCGUCCAGAUCCACUUUUCUGCCCAGUACGCCAUCAGGGCAGAUGAACGGCAUUGGAAAUCCACUUGAAGACAGAAUAAUUACAGCUGACGAAGAACCGAGGACAGAUGUGAUUCUCAACGAGAUCAACAGACAGCAGCUCCGGAGUCGACGGGGGUCCUGACCCACAGAGAGCAGCCCGUUAACUGCCUGUAUAAAAUGUAAUUUACCAGAAAAUAUUUACGCAUUGUUCAUUUCCGUCACAUGUAUUAGUUGACUGAUUUCUAAGAAAUUCUAAGUCUAAAGUUGAUUUUUUUAAAACAUUAAAGCUAUUUUUUGUGCUUAUUUUUACAUAAUCUUUAUUUAAUAUACAUAUUUAUUUACCUUCAGAUAACAUUUUAAUGUGCAUCUUAGAUUUAAUGAUCUUAUGCACCUUACAUCUAUUGCUUUCAAAAAGCAAAUUAAAGUUCAUAUAGCAAUAAAUAAACUACGUUUUAUGUCAUUGAAGUAUUUGUGAUUUAUGGAUUUCCUUUUUCAAAUCUGACACCGAGAUAUGCCUUUAGAUAAUCCAAUAACGGCACAUUUUAAAAUCCCACACAUAUCCAAAAAGUUCUAUCAUAUUAAACAGUUGAAAUAUGAAUGCCCAAAGUUAAAUAUUUGCCAAAAAAGGGCAAUCCGAGUCAUGUUGGUCAACCGACUUCAAGUUUUUUUAUUCUGCUGCUGUAAAUCACCAACACUGAAACAGUGGAUAAAUCACUCAAAUCUCCCUUUACCCGCUUGUUAAUCAAAUAGUA